AUGGAAGGUAUUUCCGCUAAUGGAUUGCUUCUUCUCCACCCGGAAAAUGGCGAUCCCGAAGAGCCUUUUUACGUAUGCAAUCCGAUCACUCGUGAAUAUAUCGUGCUCUCCCGCCCUAAGAAAUACAUCUCACUUAGAUAUUUGUUAUGUUACGGAUUCGGUGUGAGCGAAAUAAGUGGGCAAUAUAAGGUUAUCUGUAUAAGUCGCGGCGGUGGAGUCAACUGCUUCCACGUGUACACCCUCGGGACGCGUAAAUGGAGGCUCGUUAAAGGUGGGGCCGGCUCUCGUUUAAAAUUCUUUUCGUACGGACACACUGUAUGCAACGGCAACCUCCAUUGGAUGGUGUCGAAUUUUCGUCAGCCUUUACAGAUUUGUGGUUUUGAUGUUGUGACAGAACGUUUUAGCAUCUUCUACGCGCCUCCAGUGGAGGAGUGUUUUGUCUUUACUCUUCCUUUGGGGACGCCCUUCGGGAAGUUGUCCGUUUUGAAGGAGAAAUUGUGCUUUUGUUACUCGUGGGACUUUGAGAUUGUCGUCUGGGUGAUGAAGGAAUACGGAGAUGCUGGCUCGUGGACGAAGGAGUACACGAUGGGGACGUAUACCUUUGAUUUUGAUGACUAUUUUUGUAUGGAUUGGACGAAAAUGAAGUGUGUUUUUCCGAUUGAAAUCUUCAAAGAUGGCGAUGUUUUGAUUUUGAUGGAGAAGAUGCGGCUUAUCUACUAUAGCAAGAAGACGAGGAAGACUCAACAAGUCGGUUUAUUUAAGAAUGCGGUUGCUAAGAAGGAUUACUUUACCUUUGCCACGAUUUUCACUCCUAGCCUUCUGUCACUCAAGAGUUUCGAAGUUGAGAAUGUUGUCACGUUCUAG